UUUUAUAAAUAGGGAGAAAUUUUUAUGUCUGGUAACACUGUACAUUGUUUCAUGUUGUUUUCAUGUAAUAUGUAGGCAUGUAUGUGGAUAUGUUGCGUGUUGUAUGUAAUGAAGUGCAAUAGUUUGCUGCUGAAAUUGAUCUAUAAAAACAUAUAAUUUAUAUGUUAAUCGUAUUAAAGGGAAUAAUAUCGUAUAUAAUUUUAAUUAUUGUAUGCAUUAACUGAUUUCUUAUUUGCCUUAUUAGUCAUGAUGGAACAGGAAUUAAAGCAAAAGAAUACAUUUAUUAGAUUAUCCGAUGAAAGUGCAAUCGAUCAGGAAUGUAAAGAAACAUUGAUAAAAAAAUUGCAAGCUAAGACGCAAGCACUUUUUCUUUUAAAUCAAGAACUCGAUCAAUGUAGAUUACAAAAGGAUCAAUUUAAGUUAAUGGCUGAACAGAUACAAGAACGAUUUAUACAUUUAAAGAAACAGAUGAAUGAUCCAAAAGAAUUCAAUGGUUAUAAUGUAGAUAGCGACUUUAGGACGUUAGAUCUUCUUGCUGAAUCAAGAGAACAAAAUAAAUGUCUCCGAUUGCAAGUUGAAAUGUUGAGACAGAAGUUAGGCGAUGUUCAAGGUGAUAUUAAAAUAUUGCGUACAAAUAAUAAUCGCAGUAGUAAAGAACAACAGGAAACACAAUAUACGUCGGCAAUACAUCAAAAGGAAGAAAUGAUUGAACAAUUAGAAAAAUUGAAUAUAAAGUGUUCACAAUUACAAAUAGAUUUACAAACUGUUCUCGAUGAGAAACAUGAGUUAGAGAUAGAAAGAGAUGCAUUCAAAUGUAAAGCACAUAGAUUAAAUCAUGAACUUUCCAAAGCAUUAAAUGCAUCCAAACCAAUGGAUAUAGAUGCUCUUAUUAAUGAAAAUAGAUAUUUGCAAGAAAGAUUACAACAGUUACUUGAAGAAAAAGAACUGGCAAGACAAUCUCUUUCAAAAUAUAAAAGUAUGCUGGAUAGUAAAAGAGCAAAAGGGACCAUUAAAUUGGGUGUUAAUCCUGCUGCUGGAAUGGUGAUGAAACACAAGCAAGUUGAAGAGCUUUUGCAGCAAACACGUAUACCAAUUCAAAAAUCUACUGUUGCAAUAGAAGAAUUACAUUGUUUGUGUACUGCUCUGAUGGAAGCGUUAAAUGAUAAAACUUUAGCUUUAGCACAUCAGAAAAAAGCUAAUAAAAUUUUGGCUUCGAGAAUUUGUGAGUUGGACAGUAUGAUAGAAUCACCAACAACAACAUUAUUGGAAGGCUACACAAGUGCUGAUGUUGAUCAAAAAUGUAGUAGUCUUCGUAAUGAUCUAGACCACAUAUCAGAAUGCACUACGGAAAAAAUCAAUGAAAAUGUGACCAAUACAAAAGAAACAAACGUAGACAAUUCUUCAUCUUCGGGAAUACAAUCAGUACAUACUAUACAAAUGAAUCUUCCUAAAAAUUUAGAAACUUUAGUUCAAAAAGCUUUGAAUAAUUUAAAAGAUGCCGAUAAACAUGAUAAAUAAAAGUUUUUUUUAUAUAUAUAUUAUGAGAAAAAAUACAAAAGAGCAUCUGAAAAUAUAUGAGCAUGGAGCAAUAGAUGGUAUUAUUUAUUUAUUGACUUUGAUAAAUUAUAAAUCGAUCAAAUAGUAUUAAAAAUAUUAAAAAAAAAUAUAUAUAUAUACGAAAUAACCAAAGAAUAUUUUCAUUAUCAAUUAUUUAAUCAUAAUGCGUUUUAUA